AUGGCGCUCCAGGGCUUCCCGAUCAGCAGGCUUAAUUUCGACGUGAUCGCCGAGAGGUACGGCGUGCAGGUCAAGGAUGUUCUCGGCGCGCUGGGCAAUUCCAUGAGCAUCAAUGCAUUGAUGAGGCUGCGCAGGGAGCGAGCCCUGGAGCGGGACGGGGCCACGGCGACGGCUGCUGCCGCUGCUGCGGUGGCGGUGCUGGCUCCCCCCACGGACCUGGCGGCCGCCCUUGAGGAUCGCCUCGUCAGCCUCGGCAGGGCGCUGCUGCUGCACCGCAGGGCUGACGUCGCCCUUGGCCGCCACAUGCAUCGAUUGGGCGAUGCACUGCGCGCGGUGGCCAAGACGCUCGACGUGGACACAAACUUCGUGCACAAAAGCAUGGAGAUCAAGAGUGACGGCGACAAAGCGAGGCACCAGCCGCUUCUUGCAGCGACGCCUUCGGCUGCAGUGGAUUGCGUGGUCGAGGUUUGCGUAGCUGAUGUUGUGGCGAGCACAGUCAAGGUGGAUACGGCUGUGCUGCCACACGGGAGUGUGCUGCGGGCGGAGGCGCCUGUAUUCGUCCCCCUCGGCCUCCUCGGCGCAAUCGCGCCCGACUACUGCGAGGACCAGGUGCCAAUCCAGGUGGAUACGGUCGCGCCCUUCGUCCAAGAGGGCCAGGCGACCGAGUACGAGACGGGAUUCCAUGAGGAGUCCUGCGACGACGUGGAGCUCGACGUGACCAUCGAGGAGGACGGCGAUGCCACGGCCUGCGCGGCCGAGCCACCGCCGCCGGCAGCCGCGUGCAGUGCUGCGGUCGCCGUCUAUCUGACAGUCAGCCUCAUGUUGAAGGGUUUCGCGGAGCUGUUCAUCUCGCCACUGGUAUUCCGGGUGCUGCUCAUCAGUCCCUCGCCGUGCCGAGACGCAGUCCUCGGUAGACGGCGGGGUCCCGGCAGUGCCGAGACGCAGUCCUCGGUAGACGGCAGGAUGGGCCCUUGGCACGUCGGCGACGACCACACGGGGUCUCAGGAGUUCGCCGACGAGGACGCCCACCUCAAGCGCGCUGCGGCCAGGCUGGCUGGCACUGUGGCCGAGGCCGCGCGCCUGGCGCGCGCCGCGGCGGUGUCCUCCCGCCCUGCCCUGGGGUCAGAGGGGACUGCGGCCACGUGGCCACUGCUGGAGCGGCAAGAUCGCCAGGCUGACGCGGUGCUGGCGGCCAAGAUCGGCGACCACACGGAGUUCAAGCAGGAUUUCAAAGAUGUGGUCACCGACGCCAAUGAGACGUGCUGGCAAGAAAUGGUCGAGGUCAUCCGUGGCCGUGCCGUUUCGACGACCUUGCCAGACGGCUCGCGCAGGACAUACCAGCAGCCCCGCGGGAUGCGCCACGCGGCGCUGUGCUGGUUCCUGCAGUGCCUUGACGAUCAGAACGUCGAGGCCGAGCGGCGCCCGCCUAGCUGGCUGCCCCCGCGCACCUUGCAUCCACCGCUGCUGGACACCGCGAUCCUCAAGCAUGGCGGGCAUCGUCGCGACCGACGCGCUACUGCUGCUCUGCGGGAUGGUGCCCGCCAGCUCCAGUCCUUCGAGCAGGAGGACAGCGACGAGAGCGAGAGCGGGGAGAGCGCUGACGACCCUCUAUACGAGCACUUCGGCCCGCGUGCGGUGGGCAACCCAUCGAGAUGGAG